AUGGAAUUUCCGCAGGAUGUUUGGAUGCGCGUUCUGCUGCACGCCGACGACAGCAGCAUCAAGGCGUUCGAGGAAGCCACCGAAAAAUUCAAGGCGAUCAUCAAUUGCCGAUCGUUUUGGAUCGAACGCGCCCGCAUCCAACAUCUCGAGCGAGUUCUUCCGCCGCUCGAAUGGCUGAUGAGAAACGACGAGCGAAUGACGUUCAACAUUCGCAAGAUGGUCGAGACCGGCAAAGGGUACAGCUCAUUCCGUCCCUACAAAAUCCAAUUAGACAUGAGCGUCACCGAGAACGCGCAGGAGAACUGCCUCGAGCUCUAUCGAAAGGCCAAUCUCGAGGUACAGACAAAUGAUCGCGGCUGCAUUCCGAACCCACAGAUCGAGACGUGCUUCGCAUUCGCCAACGGACCAUCGGCGUUUGUUGCGCACAUCGACUUCAUCCGCAUCGGAAUCGACCCAUGGGUGCUCGACCACGUUCGCCCAAAGAUCCGCAUCACGGCGAUGGUCAACCAUCACGAGAAUCGCGAGGGCAAAUUGAACAUCGGCGCGCAGUUGGAUCGCACCGCGGUCGCCUAUCGCAGUUUGAGGCUCGGCCGAAUUCGCGACACCGAUGUCAACCAUCCCGACUAUAAGGUCAAGUAUGUGCAUUUUCCCGCCGACAAGGAGGCGAAAUGGGAGAAGGUGGAGAUGCACCUCGAAGGAUAUUCGUCGGGAAUGCGCCACAUCGCCAUCGCGCUCAUCGGCAGUCAGGAAGAGGAGCUGACGGGCUUCUAUGGUCCGAAGGUGGCCAACCUCGAGGUGCAGGUGGUGCUUCCCGAUGAGCCGUGCUACCUGGAAGCCGACUAUUUUGAGCGCGAGGAGGAUGAGUGGCCGUUCAACGCGUUCAACUCGCCCAACUUCUCGCUUAUCGCCAAUUGGCGUCGUCCGCCACCAGUUGCCAAUUUCUAA